AACGGGAUACAGAAUACAAACAAUUUUCGCGAAUCACAACUACCGGGCUGGGGUAGAGUGUAUAGCUCUGGCCUCUGGAUUCUCCGGCUCCCCUUGCUUAUGCCGUAUCCUCUUCAGACUUUGUAAUAUUUCAGGCUGUGUAAGUUUCCGAUUGCAAGGGAUUAAAAUCACUUAGGACAUGGAGGGAGUGUGCCAUUGUUCAGAUUGCUGCUGUCAAGUAUUUUCAUUGCAGGAAGUGCAUAUUGGUGGUUUCACUUCCAAGGGGACUUUCUUAUUGUUUCCUUUGUCAAUUGCACUUAGCCAGCAGCUUGCUUUGAAUGAUCAGUACAGGGCCACAAACGAAUACUUUCUAAGAUAGGUGUUGGACAUCUUGAGCUACUUGACAAGUGUUUUGAUGUAUAAAUUCUGCAAGCAAAUUAAUGAUGUUUCUAAACAUCAGUAAACUGUAAAAGUUAGAUUACUCUUUCUUAGAGUAAAAGUUAGAUUACUCUUUCUUAGAGUUAGCUGCUUUCUGUAUGCGUCUGUCUUUUCUCUUGAAGGGUGCCUGCCAAGAACAUGAUUCACUUGUUUGAACUCUGAAGAUUGAAGAAUCGUAUGAAAGGAGUUUCUAAUUCUGUUUUAGAAGGCACUAUGAAACUUAUCUGGAAUUAAGAAUCAAAUCUGUCAUUGGACUACAUUGUGCUUCAACUAGUGCCUGGGUGAUAUCAAGAUGGUUGAUAGCCCUUGUCUUACCUUGUUACUGCUUUGAGGUCUUUGGUGUGGUUUAUGUCACGACAUAAGUCAAAUCCACCCAACAUAAUCUUGGUGGCUUUGUUGUCAUGUGCCAGCCAGUGUAAAGUCAGUGGUGGAUUUUGCUGAAUCAGCCAGGACAGCAGUUUAUAUAUAGUAGCUCUAUUUUCGAGUUGUCUAACGUAGGCAGAAUACCUAUACAUAGUCUAUGUGUGUGUUCUUCAUCUUCAACAAAUAAUAAGUCUUCUACAUUCCAGUUUAAUAAAAAAUGGACAGGUAUAAUAUAAUCAAGGAAGUUGGUAAUGGUACAUUUGCAAGUGUUUGGCGAGCAUUAAAUAAGCAAACUGGUGAUGUGGUUGCAGUAAAAAAAAUGAAGAAGAAAUAUUAUUCAUGGGAGGAGUGUGUAAACUUGAGAGAAGUCAAGUCAUUGAGGAGAAUGAGCCAUCCAAAUGUUGUAAAGCUCAAGGAAGUAAUUAGGGAAAAUGACAUCUUGUUUUUUGUGUUUGAAUAUAUGGAGUGUAACCUGUACCAGCUUAUGAAGGACAGAGUAAAGCUUUUCUCAGAAGCUGAAAUUAAAAAUUGGUGCUUCCAAGUAUUUCAAGGUCUUGCACACAUGCAUCAACGGGGAUAUUUUCAUCGUGACCUUAAGCCAGAGAACUUGUUGGUUUCAAAAGAUAUAAUUAAAAUUGCUGAUUUUGGCCUUGCCCGUGAGAUCAAUUCUCAACCUCCAUAUACAGAAUACGUCUCAACGCGCUGGUAUCGGGCUCCUGAAGUUCUUCUCCAGUCACCAACAUAUGGAUUUGCUGUUGAUAUGUGGGCAAUGGGUGCAAUUAUGGCUGAAUUGUUUACUAAGCGUCCUCUAUUUCCGGGUUUAAAUGAAGCAGAUGAAAUCUACAAAAUAUGCAGUGUAUUAGGCUCACCAACAAUGACGGAAUGGUCUGAGGGACUUCAACUUGCCAAUUCAAUCUUUACCAGAUGCCAUGAGUCAACUGUUGGUUUGCAUCUUUCAGUGUUGAUACCAUCUGCUAGUGAGGACGCUAUUAAUCUUAUUACAUCACUUUGUUCAUGGGAUCCCUGCAAGAGGCCAACUGCUGCGGAUGUCCUUCAGCAUCCUUUCUUUCAGAAUUGCUUAUAUGUUCCACCAUCUCUGCGGUCUGGUGUAGGCCUCACAAGAACCACCCAAUCUGUAGGGCGCAAUAAUAUUGAGUUCAUUUCAACUAGAACAAGAGAUGCAUUGGAGCAAAAGGGCAAUAGGUGGUCCGUUGGGACUAUCUCCAACCCAAAGUCCAUGAGUAAAACAUCAUCUUUCAAGCCACGUGCAUCCUUGAAUGCAGGUAUACCAAGAAAGUCGGAAAUAAACUCUCAGGAUGCAAUAAGCAAUAAACCUCUUAAGGGUUCUCUGAAGCAGAAAUCUAAAUACCAACCACCAGCAAGGAAACUUCCCAUGCCAGGUCCCACGGUGAAGCCUAGUCAAGUCUCGAAUACAGCUAAGAAGUUAACAAACCUGAAUAUUGGCUCCGGUAGACCACCUGUAAAACAACUAUUGCCUCAGCCUAUGAAGGGCGGUGUGGUGUCCCAUGGAAGAUCUCGGGACAUUACUCCAGGAAGGGCUUCGACAAAGAAACUGGCAGGCUGAAGAUUAGAUACAACAUUCAUUCAUGAUGGUGCUCGAGUAUGCUGUCCUUCGUGUCUCGCUAAAUUUGUGAGUUUGAUUAUUUGACCCACUUUUAUGCGUGCCUCCCCCCCUGUGCUAUGUUCCAAUUAGUAGACCAAACUGUUGUUUCACAUUUACUAGUCUAUGAUUAAGAAAUUAUGUUGUGGUAAAAUCUUCAAAGUGUCUUUUUUUGAGUAGCGACAUUUCUGUUUUGAUAA